AAGGGCAAUUCCGACAUUUCCGUCUGCUGCCUCCUGAAUAAGUUCCGCCUUCCAAAUCAAACGUGCUUCCCUUUUCCUCGCCACAGAAAACCCUAAGGAGCUACAGACCCGCCGUCGCCGCCGAUUUGCAUUCUCUAACGUCCGUCGGAAAUGGCGGCCGCUACUCCUGCCUCCAGCUCGUCCACUGUGUGGAAACGCUCUUCUUUCUCUAAUUCGCCGAAGCUUCUUUCUAGAUUUACCGUCCCGUUCCCUCACAAUCCUCAGAAGCCCACAGCUGGCGUCAUUUCGCGACGCCGUCCGCUGCAAAUCUCAAAUGUGCUGUCUGCUCCCAGGGAACAAGUGCAUCCUGAGGAGGCGUUUGUUUCCCGAUUUGCCGCUGACGAACCUCGGAAGGGCUGCGACGUUUUAGUGGAGGCGCUUGAACGAGAAGGGGUCACCGACGUCUUUGCUUACCCCGGAGGCGCGUCUAUGGAGAUCCAUCAAGCGCUUACCCGCUCCAAAAUCAUCCGGAACGUGCUCCCGCGCCACGAGCAGGGAGGUGUCUUCGCUGCCGAGGGGUACGCCCGCGCUUCCGGUCUUCCCGGCGUCUGCAUCGCGACAUCUGGCCCUGGUGCCACCAAUUUGGUCUCUGGCCUCGCCGAUGCUCUUCUCGAUAGCGUACCGCUUGUGGCUAUCACAGGCCAGGUUCCCCGUCGUAUGAUCGGCACUGAUGCUUUCCAAGAAACCCCUAUUGUUGAGGUAACUAGGUCGAUUACCAAGCAUAAUUAUCUUGUUUUAGAUGUUGAGGAUAUUCCUCGGGUUGUCAAGGAAGCUUUCUUUAUCGCUCGGUCGGGAAGGCCUGGCCCAGUUUUGAUUGACGUUCCAAAAGAUAUUCAACAGCAAAUGGUGGUACCAAAUUGGAAUCAGCCAAUGAGGUUGGCUGGUUACUUGUCUAGAUUGCCUAGGCCGCCUAGUGCGAUGUUGUUGGAGCAGAUAGUUAGGCUGGUAUCCGAGUCCAAAAGGCCGGUACUUUAUGUCGGUGGUGGGUGUUUGAAUUCAAGUGAGGAGUUGAGGAGGUUUGUGGAGCUCACAGGAAUUCCGGUUGCUAGCACGCUUAUGGGUCUUGGUUCUUAUCCUUGUUCUGAUGAGGAAUUUGCGCUGCAAAUGCUGGGUAUGCAUGGGACUGUUUAUGCAAAUUAUGCAGUGGACAAGAGUGAUUUGUUGCUUGCUUUUGGAGUCAGGUUUGAUGACCGUGUGACGGGUAAGCUGGAGGCAUUUGCCAGUCGAGCAAAGAUUGUCCACAUUGACAUUGAUUCUGCUGAGAUUGGAAAGAAUAAGCAACCUCAUGUGUCCAUUUGUGCCGAUAUGAAGUUGGCUUUGCAGGGUUUGAACUUGAUAUUGGAAGACAUGCUGAAAGAGGGUAAGAACAAUGUCGACUUUUCAGCCUGGAGGCAAGAGUUAAAAGAGCAGAAGAUGAACUUUCCUUUGAGUUUCAAGACAUUUGAAGAUGCCAUUCCACCUCAGUAUGCAAUUCAAGUUCUUGAUGAACUGACAGGAGGGAAUGCAAUCAUUAGUACUGGUGUUGGGCAGCAUCAGAUGUGGGCUGCACAAUUUUAUAAGUAUAAUAAGCCACGACAGUGGUUGACAUCAGGUGGUUUAGGGGCAAUGGGUUUCGGACUUCCUGCAGCAAUUGGAGCUGCUGUUGCAAGACCAGAUGCAGUUGUAGUGGAUAUUGAUGGUGAUGGAAGUUUUAUAAUGAACGUGCAGGAGUUGGCCACUAUCCGGGUAGAGAACCUUCCUGUUAAGAUUAUGUUGUUAAAUAAUCAGCACUUGGGUAUGGUUGUCCAGUGGGAAGACCGCUUCUAUAAGUCCAACAGGGCACACACUUAUCUCGGAAAUCCUUCCAAAGAGUCAGAGAUUUUUCCAGAUAUGUUGAAGUUUGCAGAGGCUUGUGAUAUACCUGCAGCUCGUGUGACAAAGAAGGAUGAUCUCAGGGCAGCAAUACAAAAGAUGUUGGAUACUCCUGGGCCAUAUUUGUUGGAUGUCAUUGUACCCCAUCAAGAGCAUGUCUUGCCCAUGAUUCCCAGUGGAGGAGCCUUUAAAGACGUGAUCACAGAGGGUGAUGGAAGAAUUAAGUAUUGAUGUGAAGUGCGGCAGAGCUGCCAUUUGGUUGUGAAAAUUAGGUCGCAGCUAAAGGGGGUCCAAGUUUAUAGUUUUGGCUUGUAAGUUGUGUUGUGUUCUGACAUUUGCAAGGUCUGAUUGUAGUACGUCUGCUCUUUAUGCUUAUUGGUAUUCAGUGAUACCUAUGUUCAUUUAUCACAUUCUGUUUAAUCUAUUAUAAUAACGGUUGGAUGAUCGGCUCUAUUCAUGUAUUUUGAUAAUUAUGUAGAGAAACGCAUCCACCUAAUUUGUUAAGGGGCUCAAUUGGUAUGCUGGUUUGGA